GCGGGAAGGUCACACGGAAUGUUUCAACAUGGCGGCGGCGGCUCUGCGAGGAGGCUGGUGCCGCCGCCCGAGGAGAUGCCUGGGCAGUGGAGUCCAGCUUCUUUCCAGCCACAACCUAGUGCUGCUACCCCAUGGCACCUAUCAGAUCUGCCAGCCACGUAGAGACCUGCCCCUGUCUAAGUCCUAUUCUUCUGGGAACAGAAAAGGCUUUCUCUCCGGCCUGCUUGAUAACAUCAAACAAGAAUUAGCCAAAAACAAAGAAAUGAAAGAAAGUAUAAAAAAGUUCCGCGACGAAGCCAGGAAGCUGGAGGAGUCAGAUGCGCUCCAGGAAGCCAGGAGGAAAUACAAAACCAUUGAGUCGGAAACGGUCCGGACCAGCGAGGUGAUAAGGAAGAAGCUGGGCGAGCUCACAGGCACCGUGAAGGAGAGUCUCGAUGAGGUCAGCAAAAGUGACCUUGGCCGGAAAAUCAAGGAAGGCGUGGAGGAAGCCGCCAAGACUGCCAAGCAGUCGGCCGAGUCCGUGUCCAAGGGCGGGGAGAAGCUGGGCCAGACCGCGGCCUUCAAAGUCCUGUCCCAGGGGGUAGAAACUGUGAAGAAGGAGAUUGACGAGAGUGUCUUGGGGCAGACCGGGCCCUACCGGAGGCCCGAGCGUCUCAGGAAAAGGAAGGAGUUUGCAGGAGAAAAAAUCAAGGAGGAGAAAAUAUUUGAGGCCAACGAGGAGGCCCUGGGGGUCGUGCUGCAUAAGGACUCCAAGUGGUACCAGCAGUGGAAAGACUUCAAGGACAACAAUGUGGUGUUUAACCGAUUCUUUGAGAUGAAGAUGAAGUACGAUGAGAGCGACAAUGCCUUCAUCCGGGCCUCCCGGGCGCUGACAGACAAAGUCACGGAUGUGCUGGGGGGCCUGUUCUCGAAGACAGAGAUGUCGGAGGUGCUCACGGAGAUCCUCCGGGUGGACCCCACCUUUGACAAGGACCGCUUCCUGCGGCAGUGCGAGGGCGACAUCAUCCCCAACGUCCUGGAGGCGAUGAUCUCUGGAGAGCUCGACAUCCUCAAAGACUGGUGCUAUGAAGCUACCUACAGCCAGCUGGCCCACCCCAUCCAGCAGGCCCGCGCCCUGGGGCUCCAGUUCCACUCCCGCAUCCUGGACAUCGACAACAUUGACCUAGCCAUGGGCAAGAUGAUGGAGCAGGGGCCCGUGCUGAUCGUCACCUUCCAGGCCCAGCUGGUGAUGGUGAUCAAGAACCCCAAAGGCGAGGUGGUCGAAGGCGACCCGGACAAGGUGCUGCGCAUGCUCUACGUGUGGGCGCUCUGCCGGGACCAGGACGAGCUCAACCCCUACGCCGCCUGGCGGCUCCUGGACAUCUCCGCCUCCAGCACAGAGCAGGUCCUCUGAGCAGGGCCGCGUGGCCGGACUCCGGGCUGGACACCACAGUAGACAUGGGACCCGUGUCCACCUGCGGCAGCAGACGGGACGGACUGCGGGCGCCGCCCCUCCGCAGAGGGCUGUAGUGACUGGAAGGGCCGGGGCGGGCGGCCGCGAGCGCCUCCGGCAGGGAAGAGGGGCCGCCGACACUCGGGCCUCUGCGGGUCGGACAGUGCCAAGCGCCCAGGCCCAGGGGCGGUCAGCUGGGCCCCUGCACCCAGUGACCGCGUGGCCAGGCCGUUUCAGCUCCAGUUUUUUAACCUUGCGCCUGCCACCCUGUACAUACGCUUGGGGAAAUAAACCACGAGUACAGGAGCA